AUGACUUUAAUUAACCUUAUUAAGUUCUUGGCCUCAAUUUUGGCUAUUUUAGUCCUACACAUUGAAGGCGCUUCCUGCGAUUCGGAUAAUGUAAAUCUCUCAGGAGUUAGUGAAAAUCUCGCCUCCCUGGUUUCAGUGACGGUGUUCAUUUUAAUAUCCUCCUGCUUCCUGCAUUUCUUAUCCUCUAAGAUAAACGACAAGAUUCCAAUAUCGCUGGUUCUAUUUAUCUACGGGAUGCUGAUUUACGGGAUCCUAAUGAAUUUCGACCAUGAAAAACUACCGGUAGGGAUUCUCAGGUGGGUAUCUUCCCUAAGGAACAUUGACAACUCUAUACUGUACUUCGUAGCCCUCCCAAUACUUCUGUACGAAGCAACCCAGACGAUCGACUGGUAUUCAUUUUGUAAUUUUUUACUCGCAGGAAUCAGCCUUGCAGUAAUUGGGGUUGUCUUGCAAGUGGCAAUACUGGGAAUUCUGUUCCACUACACACUCAGAGAGAAUGAUAUCUGGUCAUUCUUUAUUAGCUUCCUACUGGCCUCAAUCCUAAGUUCUACAGACCCAGUUGCAGUUUUAUCAAUUCUGGGAGAUUCAACAUCAUCGCAUAAAUUAAUUACAAUGUUCAACGGAGAAUCACUGAUAAAUGAUGGAACGAGCGUGCUGUUAUUUCAAUUCUUUUACUUGCUGAGCAUAAAUGAGAAGUCGUCGUACUGGUACUACAUUAUGCUAUUCAUCAAGCUGUUGAUUUUGUCGCCACUGCUUGGGAUAGCCUGCGCCAUCGUGGUGAUAGUUUGGAUUUCGUUUUUCCGCAAAUGCCACAACGUCCAGUGCAUCAUCUCAAUUUCAAUUGGCUACCUGCUCUACUUUUGCGCAGAGUAUUAUCUCAACAUUUCGGGUCCUCUGUGCAUUGUUUGCUACGGCAUAUUCAUUAAGGCGUACGGCUUAAUAACCUUCGACAAGGAGGCGCUUGAGAAACACCACGUGCUAAUCGAGUCACUUUCAUACAUGUCAAACUGCGUAGUAUUUUUAAUCUCGGGUAUAAUCACAGUGGGAAUGCUGAGGUCGCAGUUCAAAAUCAAAAGCAUAGGUAUAAAAACUCUGAGACUUGUAGUUGUGUACAUUUACCUGAAUAUUACCAGAACCAUCAUGCUUCUACUGUUUAAGCCACUUCUGACUUAUACAGGAUACCAAAUUAACUUUAAAGAGUUGUUACUGUUAAUUUGGGGAGGACUUAGAGGAGCAAUGGUUUUGGUGUUAGGCCUAAGACUGGAGAACGAUAAAAAAAUUAGCAAUUCAAUCAGCGAUUUAUUAUCGUUUUACAUUUCUGGAAGCACCAUGAUCAUUUUAAUACUACACGGAUUUACGUUUAAUAUGUUGUAUAAAUUAUUGAACCCAUACCCUGUCAAAGAAUACAGAAUCGAGUAUCUGAACAAGACUAUGAAGUUCAUUGAAGAUAAGUACCUGGAACGACUAAGUAAUUUGGAAAACUACUGGCUCUACAAGAACACAGAUGUCCUGGAAAAGGCAAACCUCCUGGUCCCAGUUCUGUCCAACGUAAAGUGGACUAAACUCGGAACUAUUUCAUACAACGUAACACACGCAAACAUUAAGAACCUGAUGGUUAUUGAUGAGAGAAAAGGAGCGACACAGGAGGAAUUGGACAUUGAGGAUGAAGAGAACAUCUUUCUCCUGAACCCAGAACUUAACAGUAAUUUUGCACAUGACUAUUUGAAUCUAAACUCGCAAACAAGUGAUUUGUACAACAUGCCACAGCAUAGCGGUUCUGGAAUAUCAGCGACAGGAAUUGAUACCCAAAUUCCACCUGGCCGGAGUAUGGAUAACAUGGAAGCCAUACGUUACGGGGUUAGUAAUUUUAGCAGUGAUUACGAAAUUGCAAAGAAAGCUUCCAUUGCAGUAAAUGAACCAUUUUCAAAGGAAGAUUUCUCGGAAAUUGACAGUGGAGGCGGCAAAGACCUGGAUGAAUAUGAAAUUUACAUUAUCAUCUUCAAUGGAUUAUUAUACAUGUAUAAUGAGAUGUACAAUAAAAGCGAAAUUGAUGGCAAGUCCCUGUUAACCUUAAAGACAAUAAUUAACAUAUCUCUGGACUUUUCAAUAAAUAAGCUCAAGCAAAGAUCACUAAACAUAUGGAAAAAUGUGAAAAACAGUAAGAUAAAUAAGCUAUACAGCAUGAUAAAUUACGAGAACUUCAAUGACGGAGGAGCAGAUCAGGAGAAUCAGAUUAGUGUGGGCGAUUUUGAGGACGUCAGUAAGAUCAACGGGUUUGAGUUCGAGUGGAUACUUCUGAAAAACAAUCUCGAGUACAUUUUAAGUAAAAGGCUGAACUUCAUCAACAUAAAUAACGCGUCGUUUGUACUAGAUAUCAUACUCUCCUACAUACUGGCGCACGAGAAACUGGUGGUUAAGCAGAACAGCAUCAUUCAGAUAAUUCUGGGCAACAAACUCCUGGAGAGCUACAUGAAGCAGAUAAACAACGCAAAGAAGUAUGUGUUCAUAAUAAAGAAUAAGAUGAACGUCAUGUUUUACUACUGCUUGCUUAUUAAAACAUCAUCGAGCAUGAUAAACAUAAAGAAAGAGAUUGUGAAACAGUAUUAUUCGAAUGGAAUGUUGCUGGAUGAGGAUGAGAAAAAACUCAACGACCUGCUGGACGAAUACAAGAUUAGCAACAAGUCAAACUACACAAAGAUUAUUAAAUUUAUAAUCAAGAAAUUUUACCAGAUGAUAACCUUCAGGAAAAACAUCUACACAACCACUAAUAUUGUAUAA